AUGGGGGAGCACAGAGCAGCUCGGACGAGGGAGCAGUACCCGUGGGCGCGCUACCGCUGGCUGGACUCCCUCCUGGGCCUGCCCUCCCAUCGCCAGCGCCGCUUCCUCGCGCACCGCCUGGCCACGAGCCCGCUGUGCAAUGCGCUGGGCGGGCUGGUGUUCCUGGGCACGCCCUUCUACGUCAAGACCUGGCAUCGCCACGGCGUGCUGUUGCUGCUGGUUACCACCUCCGCGUCUGUGGGGGUGACGUUCGUGGUCAUGUGGGGCUACGUGCUGCUGUGGCGCGUGACUGUACUCGCCAUUGCAGGCGAGCUUGCGAGGGUUUACCUUAAUGGUUACCCCCCCUCUCCCUCUGCUCCCCAUUCCCUAUUCCUCCCUCUCUCUCUCCUCCGCUCUCCCCUCCCUUCCUCUCUUUCUCGUGCACUGCAUUGCUCUCCACACCCACACGACCAAUCACACAUCACUCUCUUUCUGCUUCCUCACUCUACUUUCUUUCUCCCGUCAUCCCCUCUUUCCUCCCCUUUUCUCUUUCUUCUCCUCCUCCUCUUGUCUCCACCCUCCACCACCCUAUCCGAGCUCUGGCGCAGCACUGCAUUUUACAGCGGGAACAUCUACCACUCUCCUGGCUUUGAUUGGUCGCAUGCCAUGUCAGCACUCGUCAUCCACGCCGGCAAAUUAGACGAGGCCAGCCUGGCACUUUCCACCGAACCUAUCGCCCGAGCCUACAUUGUCCCGCAGCUAGCCUCCAUGCUCAAAACCCCCUUCUGGAAACCCCUUCCCCGCCGCCCAACCACAAACAAAUGCUCCGAUUGGACGCUUUACAUCAGCAACAGUGCCCGGAUUCUCUUGUGGAACACAAUUUUCAUCCUGCCCGCAACAGCUGUAGCACUGCUGUCUCGCCUGCUGGCGCCGUUCGUAAUCUCGGUGGUGCGGAAAGCGAUAGUGACGGUGAGCUUUGGGCUGUCCCCCAAGGAGCUGAGCUUCGCCAGUGUGUUUGUGGACGAGUGCCUGCACCUGGACGAGUGGUCGCCAUCACACCACGUGCAGCACUGGAACGUGCAGAAACUUCUGGCGCUGGCCAAGACACGAUCGUUGCGGGGGGAGCUGAUGGCGGGGUAUGAAAAUCCCACGUGUGACAUGGGGGAGGCUGUAUUCGGGGAGGGGCUACUUGAAGAGGGGAUGCCUCAAGAGGGCGUAACUGGGAAAGGGGUAGCUGCGGAGGGGUUGAUUGGGGAGGGUAAGGCGGAGGAGAGAAAGGAGCAGGAGGAGGUUGGAGAGAGGGAGGUGAGGGUGAAGAGGCAAGGGGAAGGUGAUGAAAGGGUGGGUGCUGAGGGAGCAGGGGGUGCAGGGAUAGACGCAAUACAGACAAGUGUGUCGAGACCACAGCAGGGCAGCUGCAUGCACACAAUAGAGCUCUGUGAUUCGCGAAUGGAGCCCUCAGGUACCCACUUGGGUUUGGGGGAGGCCGUGGAGUCGUUUGGUGCCGCCCAACAGCACAUGGUGGCAGCAGCAGGAGAGGAGGGAGGGCAGGGCAGAGCACCGGGAAGCGAGAGGCGGAGCUUAAGCCGCUUCAGAAGGCGCGUGACAGCACGGCGCUUCACGGAGCAGGCCCUGCGACAGGAGGGGGAGAGAGGGGAGGGCGGUGAGGAGAUGGGUGAAGGAGGGGGUGACAGCAAGGAAGGGCGAGCGGGGGGAGGGGGCAGCGCUGCAGAGGGAGUUGGACGUGCGGCACGGAGGGGGGGAGUGGGCGAGGCCUCUGUUGAGGGUGCACGUGAAGAGAUGAAAGGAAAGCAGCAGCAGCACCAGCAGCAGUGGGGAACAGAGAAGGGGGUGAGGCCGGGGCACGAGGGACAGCUGAAGAUGACCAAAGUGCAACAUGGCAGCAGCAGGCAGCAGCGAGUGAGUGCGAGAGGCAGCAGGGAGGAGCGGGUGGCAUAUGAAUUCCUGUGGAACGACGGCGCGCUGGAGGCAGCAGCGAGUGAGUCAGCGACGUACAAGCUGCUGCGCCCGCAGCUGCACGCCAUCACCCACAACCCUCACCUCUCCGACCAGGAGUGCGUGCGCCUGGUGAGACAGCAACUGCCAUGCCUUUUGGUCUUUGACCUGGUCUAUGCUUCCCCCUCCUCCCUCGUGCAGGUGAAGCAACUGUGUGCGAUGAUAGAGGAGCGAUUUGGCGAGCUGACCGGCCAAUUCGAUCUCAACCACGGGGCUUAUUUCCGAGAUCCCCGCAUUAUCGGGGCUAUGGUGCACUUCCUGGGACACAGGGAGCUCCCUGAUUGGUUCAGGGAGAUUGACACUGACGUGUUGAGGGCUGAAGAAAGGAUCAGGUUUGGGAGACUUGGGCACAGGGGUGCAGGUGCAUAG